UCGACAAUCGAGCGGCUCAAGAUGGAGAUGUCGGGGUUGCGACGACAGUCCCAAGACGCGGUCACCGCCUCUUUGCGGCUCUCCGACGAGCUGCAGGCGUCGCGAGAGGAGGCGGGGCGCGCGAAGGCCGCGCUGAAGGUUGCGGAGAACAUGCGCGAAGAAGAGGUCCGGCGUCGGAUACAAGCCGAGAAAACCCUCGAGGAGGAGGUACGGCGACGGAGGAUCGCCGAGGACACUCUCCGACAGUAUCAGGCGCAG